UGAAUUGAGGCACUUUGGAAGUGGCACCAUGCUGCGUCGGAAGCCAUCCAAUGCCAGCGAGAAGGACCCAGUCCAAAAGAGGAAGCUGUCGCUGCAGCGGUCCAGCAGUUUCAAGGAUUUCGCCAAAUCGAAACCCAGCUCCCCGCUGGCGAACACCAAGACAUUCAGCCUUGAAGAGGAAGAGGUUCCUGAAGGCAAGCAGUCCAAUCCGCCACCUAGCCCAGAUGAUGAGGGACGCUCAAAGCUGGGCAAGCGAUGGAGAGCCGCCAUUUCCCGCACCAUGAACCGGAAGACAGGCAAGGCAGUGGCUAAAGCCUUGGUCGAUCAGGGACACGAUGAAUCCGAGACUCCUGCGUCUCCAGCCUACAGCUCUGUUGAAGAGGAUCUUCCCAUCUUUCCAGUCACAACCCAGGAGACUAACGGCCCCGGUGCCCCCAACGAAAGGGAAUUGUUCAGUCCCACCCCGAGCAGCCUCUGCACCAUGGAAGAGAUCAUCUCUACUCCAUACGACGGUCCUUUUUGUGGGAAAGCCAAAGUUCACACAGAUUUUAUUCCCAGCCCCUACGAUAAGGACUCUCUGAAACUCCAGAAAGGGGACAUCAUCCACAUCAUUGCAAAACCUCCCGUUGGCACCUGGACUGGCCUUCUGAACGACAAAGUGGGCUCCUUCAAAUUCAUCUACGUCAGCAUCAUCCCGGAAGAGCCCGUCUUGGCUACGAAGACCUAUUCGCGGCACAGGAGCAAAAGGCCGAAGCCCAAGACCUUGCAGGAGCUGCUGCAACGGAUGAACCUUGAGGAGCACACCUCUACACUGCUAUUAAAUGGUUACCAGACCGUGGAGGACUUCAAGGAACUGCAAGAGAACCACCUGAAUGAAUUGAACAUCACUGACCCACAGCAUCGGACCAAGCUUCUUACAGCAGCAGAUCUCCUGCUGGAUUAUGACACGAGCAGCGAGGCUGAAGAGGAAGGAGGAAACGUGGAGGGUCAGCUAUUUCCUGGAGAGCUCAAAGAAGACAUUCCCCGCGAUUCUGGCUGUUUUGAAGGGGCGGAAACUUUGGACAGUGGGCGGGAAGAAGAUGUGAAGCUUGAGGGGGGGCUGCCAUCCCAUUCUCUGACCAGUUUGGGCUGAGGGGAAGACUCCUCUCUCUGCAUCCUGAGCCCCCGUUGGCUGGCAAGUACAAGCUGUUUUUCCAGGAACGUGCCUCUGUUCCCUCCCCCCUUCAAAAAAAAAAUAUAUCCAGAUAACUCUUCAGGCUGAGUAGGAAUACAGCUCCAAGUCCUGGUUGGUAAAUAAGGAGAAGGCUGGGAUCCAGAAUCCUCACUGAUUACUGCACCAAAGACUGUUGCAUGACAGAGGCUCCUCUUUCAGAGUUUUGGCUGCAGUGAGCAGGCGCUACCAUGAGACUUCCUAAGAAGCAACGGAACUCGCCUCUGCCACCACGUGCCCAGUCUUCUCUCGGGUGCAAAGAGGGUUUGCUUGCCCCUGACAGCUCUGCACAAUCCAAACACUGCCGCAAAGAUGGACAACGAACUUCUGAAUGCAGCCUCUGGCCUUCUUCCAUCCUCCCAUCAGGAAGAAGAGCGUCCCAACUCCUGUAGCUUUAGUCGGGAAGAGCAGGGGGGGGGCGGCUUCUGCUCUACUUCUUUUCAAAUAUAUCUAGUUAUUUUAUUGUAAACAGCUAGGUUUUUUGUAGCUUUAGGACAAGAUCCUAAUGAAGAACAAGGUAGGUGCAAUUUCCAAACUGGCUUACUCUAUGGAAUGGCAAGCACUGUUCUCUGGUACAGAUCUUUCAAUAAAGCACAUUUAUCUCUGGAGGGUA